UCAGUCAGUCGGUCGGUGAUAUCAACUCGAGUCAAACGCACGAACGCGCCCCACUCUUCGUUACCGGAACUUGUUCGCUUUCGACAAACGUGAUCUCAAUUUUCUUUGGAUUAUAUAUAUAAACAUAUUCAAAAAAUUUUUGAACUAAUCUAACAGAUUAUACGUUACGAGAUUCGUAACGUGAUUGCAUUUUUUUUAGCAAUAAUCGAUACUUUAGUAUCUAGAAUUUAUUCGUUCGUUCAUUCUAAGUGUUCUUUUUUUAUCUACUUUAUCGACCCAAAGUUAUCCUUUUUAUUCAUUGAUUUUAACUAAGCUUUCUUUGUAUUACAAAUAUAGAUUACAAUUUCGCGUUAACGAUGGAAGUUUUUCCUCGUGAUUAUAUUUAAAAAAUGGAUAACGAUAGACAGCUUUUAAUUUAUGAAAAAUAUGGAUCGGACUCUUUUUGGGAUGGUGACGAAGAUGUCGAUUAUGAAAGCUCGACACACUUGGUCUGCGUUCCUCGAUCUCAAGAGAUUAAAGAUUCCUCGAAUGCUUCUAGCACGAUGAAGGUUAAUAUUGAGGGUAUGAGAUGUCAAAGCUGUGUGAAGAAUAUUGAGGGAACUAUAGGUAGUCGACCAGAAGUUCUAAGCAUUAAAAUAAUCUUAGAAGAAAAGUUAGGUUAUAUUGAAUACAAAGCAAACGAAAUUACACCUGAAGAAUUGGUCGAAACUAUAGAAGAUAUGGGUUUUACCGCUUCUUUAUUUAAGGAAGAAAAUAAUUCUAUAGAAAAGAAACAGAUAAAUCAUAUAUCACAAUCAAAUAUUAGUAUAUGUAGUAUACACAUCGAUGGAAUGACUUGUAUGUCUUGUGUUAAAACUAUUACUGGAGUUUUAUCGGAGAAAUCAGGAAUAAAACAAGUGAAUGUUAGUUUAGAGAACAAGGAAGCAAGAGUUUCUUAUAGCGAUAAUGAUGUAACAGCUGAACAAAUAUCGGGAUUCAUUGAAGAAAUGGGUUUUAAUUCGUUUGUUAAAGAAGUAAAUGGCAUGGUUUACAGCACAUCGAUUAAUUUGAACAAUAAUCCUCCAGACAGUGGAAAUGUUUCAUUAGAACUGAAUGGAGGAGGUGAUGUAAAAAAAGAGAAUCAAACAGCAAAAUGCUUCUUACAUAUAACGGGAAUGACUUGUGCUUCCUGUGUUGCUGCCAUAGAAAAACAUUGUAAAAAAUUAUAUGGUGUAAAUAGUAUUUUAAUUGCAUUGAUGGCAGCCAAAGCAGAAAUUACAUUUGAUCCGGAUAAGAUAAGAGCAGUAGACAUUGCAUCUAGCAUAUCCGAAUUAGGUUUUCCUACUACUUUAAUUGAAGAACCCGGCACAGGGGAAGGUGAAGUUGAAUUGAAAAUUGCAGGUAUGACGUGCGCAUCUUGCGUGAAUAAAAUAGAAUCAACUGUGAAAAAAUUGCCAGGUGUUCAUUCGGCAGCAGUUGCGUUAGCAACUCAGCGUGGUAAAUUCAAAUACGAUGUAGAAAAAAUUGGCAUUAGAGAUAUUAUCGAAUGUAUUAACAAAUUAGGUUUCACAGCCAUGUUAUUUAGUAAUAGAGAUAAAGAAAAUAGAGAUUAUUUGGAUCAGAAGGAAGAAAUAAAUAAAUGGCGGACUGCAUUUUUAGUUUCUUUAAUUUUUGGUAUACCAUGUAUGUUAGCUAUGACAUAUUUUAUGGUGGAUAUGUCUAUUGGUGAAAAAACACAUAAGGAUAUGUGUUGUAUAGUACCUGGUCUUUCUUUGGAAAAUCUAAUUCUUUUUAUAUUUUCUACUCCAGUUCAGUUUUUUGGUGGCUGGCAUUUUUAUGUACAAGCAUAUAAAGCUUUAAAACAUGGAACAACAAAUAUGGAUGUUUUAAUUUCUAUGACUACUACAAUAUCUUAUUUGUAUUCAGUUGCCGUACUUACAGCAGCCAUGAUAAUGCAGGAACAUGUUAGUCCUCAAACAUUUUUUGAUACUCCUCCAAUGUUGUUAGUGUUCAUAAGUUUAGGAAGAUGGUUGGAACACGUUGCAAAGGGUAAAACUUCAGAAGCUUUAUCGAAAUUAUUGUCUUUAAAAGCAACGGACGCAGUUCUUGUUUCAUUAGGUCCUAAUAAUGAGAUAUUAUCUGAACGUUUAAUCAGCAUAGAUUUAGUACAACGAGGAGAUAUAUUAAAAGUAGUGCAAGGUGCUAAAGUUCCUGUCGAUGGUAAAGUUCUAUCAGGUCACUCUACUUGUGAUGAAAGUUUGAUUACUGGAGAAAGCAUGCCAGUGCCAAAAAAAAAAGGGUCGGUUGUAAUAGGUGGCUCGAUAAAUCAAAAUGGUCCACUUUUAAUUACUGCCACGCAUACAGGAGAACAUACAACAUUAGCACAAAUUGUACGAUUAGUAGAAGAAGCACAAACAAACAAAGCACCUAUUCAACACUUAGCCGAUAAAAUAGCUGGUUACUUCAUUCCUCUUGUUAUAGCUGUUUCUAUAGUGACUUUAAUUAUUUGGAUAAUAGUGGGAUACAUAAAUAUAAAUAGUUUACCAAUUUCGCACAAUGAUCAAAUUAAUAAACAGGGAAUGAAUAGAGAAGAGAUUAUAUUUCAGUAUGCUUUUCGAAGUGCUCUUUGUGUAUUAGCAAUAGCUUGUCCAUGUGCUUUAGGAUUAGCUACACCAACUGCUGUUAUGGUUGGUACCGGAGUUGGCGCAUUAAAUGGUAUUUUAAUAAAAGGCGCUGAACCUUUGGAAAAUGCGCACAAAGUUAAAUGCAUUGUUUUUGAUAAAACCGGAACGAUAACACACGGUGUAUUAAUGGUGACAAAGAUAAGUCUCUUUGUAAACGAAAAACUUUGUUCAUUAGCAAAGUUCUUAGUUAUUGUUUGUACAGCUGAAGCAAAUAGUGAACAUCCAAUUGCAUCAGCGAUUGUACGGUACGUAAAGGAAACAAUAGCUUCCGAAACAACUGGAAAGUGUAUGAAUUUUCAAGCAGUUGCUGGUUGUGGACUUAAAUGUAAAGUGUCAUAUAUUUCAAAUAUAUUGAUUGAUGCAUUAAAAUCUGAGAAAAUUAUUAACUAUAUUAAUGAGGUAAAAAAAUUAUCUUCUGGAACAUAUACCUUAAACAAUGUGCCAAUCGAUGUUACGCCAAUUACAAAUACAAGUCAAGAAAGGCAGAAUUUGGAUCUGGAAUUAUUGUUGAAUCCAGAUUCUCAUGGUGAUCAAAGUAAUUCUGAGGAUGUAUAUGAAAUAUGUAUUGGUAAUAGAGAAUGGAUGCGAAGAAAUGCUAUAAAUAUACCACAAGAAGUUGAAUUAAAAAUGGUUGCCGAAGAAGAGUUAGGAUGUACUGCUGUUUUAGCAGCAGUGAAUAAUGUAUUAGUGGCUAUGAUUAGUGUAGCAGAUACAGUUAAACCAGAAGCUCAUUUAGCAGUCUAUACUUUAAAAAAAAUGGGUUUAGAAGUUAUUCUGUUAACUGGAGAUAAUAGAAAGACAGCUGUUUCUAUUGCCAGACAAGUUGGUAUUACUAGAGUAUUUGCAGAAGUAUUACCUUCGCACAAAGUUGCUAAAAUUCAACGUUUACAAGAUCAAGGAUUAAGAGUUGCUAUGGUAGGAGAUGGUGUUAAUGAUAGUCCAGCUCUUGCACAAUCAGAUGUUGGUAUUGCAAUAUCUUCUGGCACAGAUGUUGCUGUAGAAGCUGCUGAUGUAGUUCUCAUGAGAAAUGAUCUUUUGGAUGUUAUCGCGUGUCUGGAUUUAUCGAGAAAAACGGUUCUUCGAAUAAGGCUGAAUUUUUUAUUUGCUAGUAUCUAUAAUUUAUUGGGUAUUCCCAUUGCUGCUGGAAUAUUUAGUUCUUUUGGAUUCUUCCUUCAACCUUGGAUGUCAUCAGCAGCAAUGGCAUUAAGCUCAGCAUCUGUAGUUGGCAGUUCUUUGUUAUUAAAAUUAUAUCAUAAACCAACAAAGGCUACAUUAGAAACACCAGAAUAUUUAUCAGCAAUGCAUGCUCAUUCUACUGCAAGAAUGAUUGAUUUAGAUACAAUAUCUCUUCAUCAUGGUUUAGAUGAUUCUGUGUUACCUAUUAUGCAUAGAUCGACAUCGACAUUAUCCAGAUUAUUUCGAAGAUCAAAGGAUGAUAUCGAAGGUCGACUUCUAAGUGAGGAUGUUGAUGAAAUUGAUUUGAUAACUGAUUUUUCUGGUUAUCGAAAAAAUAUGAAGGACCAUACAAAUAUAACACCAUUAUAACUUGUAAGAAUGUCUCUUUCUUAAAUAACUAUAAUAUUAUUUGUGUGUCUAUACGCGAGUACUCUUGUAUAUAUUUAUAUAUAUUUUAUGAAUAAUAUAAUAAUCUGAAAUUUAAUAUUUAAUCAGAAAAGUAUAAUCUUUAUUCUGAAACAAUUUCAGAAUAUAUUUUAUAAUUAAUUGUUAAAUUUUUGAUACUAAUUAUUAAGUUGUAUAAAAUUAAACAAAAUGUUAAGAAUAUGUUUUUAAAGAUCUGUUAUUAAUUGCUUUUUUUACAUUAAGUUUAUCAAUAGUAUUAUCAUACUUACAUUUUUUAAUUAUAUAAAGUAGAGUAAUUAAUAACUUUUUAUAUUACAUUACAUAUGUCUUGUACUUAAUAUAUUUUGUAAAAGAUGCAAUUAUUAUUUUAUAUAUUUAUAUUUUAAUAUAAAUAUAUUAAAAUUAUAUAAUAUAAUAUAAUUAUUAUAUUGUAACAUAAUAUUUAUAAUUCAAUAUUAUAUUUCAAGUAUUAUAAAAGAAAAAAAUAAAAAAAUCAUAGGGACCAUGUUGAUUCAAUUAUGUACAAAUUUGAAAUGCUUUAAAGUUUAAGAAAAUAUAUAUUUUAUUUGUUGCAUAAAUACAAUGAAUUUUUACAACUUAAAUAAAUUUUAAGAAAACUCAAAUAAAAUAUUAUCCAAUAACUGUAAUAUUUUGGUUUACAUAAUUAUUAAAUUAUUUUCUCUAUUAAAAAAUAUAUUUUAUAAAUAAAUCUUUUUUAUUUAUUAUAUUAUAAAUAUUUUUUAAAAAUAUCUUUUUAUUUUUUUAUAAAAAUGUAAAUUGAUAGUAAAAAGAGAAAGAUUAUAUAUAAAUUACAAUAUUAAUAUAUUAUAUUUAUUUUAUAUUUCAAACUUAAAGCAUGUAUAUUAUUAUAAAUAUUUUUAAGGUUUAUCUGAAAAAAAGACUUUUGUAUACUUCAUAUUUGUCUUAAAAAUUUAUACUGAUAUAAAAUAAAUAUUGAAUAUUUGUAAUUUUUUUUAAAAAAAAUGAGUACUUAUAACAUAUAAAAUUUUAUACAUUAUACAAAUUAUAACAUAUAAGUUUAAUUUGUAAAAUUUUUAAAUAUUAUAAUAUUUUAAUUAUAUUGAUUAAUCAUAUUAGCACAGGAUGGGAUGAAUGUAUUUAUUUGUGAAUGUAUAUCAUCUGACAUUACAGUUGAAUUUAAAUUAUAAGCAUUAAAAUUUGUUUGAAUAUCAUUAACAUUAUCAUUAGAAAUAUGAGUUAAUUUUUUGUUAUUACAUACAGAAUACGUAUCUGUAUAAAUAGGUAAGUUAAAAUUACUUUGUUCUUCUAAAUGACUUUUAAUCAAUGGUAAUGGAUAAGGUGUGAUAGAAUUUUUUACAUUAAAACAUGAUUCCAAGUUUGUGAUGUGAGGAAUACAAAUUGAUUGUGCAUUUUUUAAUGAUUGACAAUUGUUAUUAUUUAUAGAAGUUGUGCUAUUGCAUUUAUUUAAAUAAAAAUCACUAUAAAAGUUUGGA